AUGAUUUCAAGUGCUUUUAUUACUCGUGUCCCCUUUCAUAUUGAAGAUGGAAAUGUCUUUGUUAUGAAUUAUGAAGAAAAAAAAGUUAAAAAUGAAAUGAUUAAUGCUAAAAGAGAAUCAAAGAACAGAGAUGCUGCACAACAAGCUUUUAUUGUAGGAGUAUUAUCUCAAUCUGGAUAUGAAGUAAAUAUCAAUAGACUAUAUAAAAGAGGAAAUAUGACAUAUCAAAUGUUUACAAUUAACAAUGUUAAAAAGGACGAUAAGGUUGUGUUUGAUGCUUCUCAUCUUGAAUUUGAAUAUGAUGGACUAAAAGAAAAGAGACAAUAUCUUGAUGCUAUAACAAAUAAUUAUCUUAUUGAGCUUCUUAAUAAAUGUGGUGUUAUAGUUGAAGAAAGAAAAACAAGAAAAGUUAUUAAACCAAAUAGUAUUGCUAUGAAAAGGUUAAAUUCUGUUACUAUUAAUGGUAAAUUCUUUGGAUUUAGACAUAUUAAUGAAAUUGGAUGUCAUUUUAAUCAAAUUAUUCGAUCAAGAACAUCAACAAAGAGUGGUUCUGUAGUUCUUCCAUAUGAUGUUUCUUUUGAGUGUCCUAAUUUGUCUUCAAUUCGAAGUGAGUCAUGUUAA